AUGACUGCAACAGUUUCCACACCAAAAGUACUGCCCGAGUCUCAUCGAGCUGUUUGCUCCUCUACCUCUUCGUCUUCCGUCUCCUCCUUUACACCCAUAAAAUCACUCGUCAUAGACGACAAUCAAGUAACUGGUAAGAUACUAUCCAAAAUGCUCGAAAGAGAGUUCGGGCACAGUGUCACGUGUUUAGAAUCUGGAGCGGAAGGAUUAAAAGUGUUGAAGAGGGAUACGUAUGAUUUAAUAUUCAUGGACAUUGAUAUGCCUGGAUUAGACGGGUUUGAGACUUCCGUCGUGAUAAGAAAGGAAACGGCAAUAUUGGAAACAAAUAGAAAGAUACCCAUAAUUGCUUAUACUACUAAUAAAAAAUCUCAAAGAUUUUUCGAUUGUGGAAUGAACGGUUUCUUGGCAAAACCGGCAACGUUAGAAUCAGUGCGGAGUGAAUUAGAACGCGUAUCAGCAAAAGCCUGA